AUGCCGGAUUCCCUACCUUUCCCCUCUCCACACCCCCCCUCCCCCCCCGCUUCCCCCCCCCCCCUCCCCUCCCCCCUCCCCCCCCCAUUUCCCCCCUCCUGCUUUCCCCCUUCCCCCUUUCCCUCCUUCCCUCAACCCCUUCUCUUUCUACCUGGUCGAUGCCCCUCCCAGCCCUUUUCCGCAUUUCCCCCCUCCUUCCCCGCUUCCCCCUCUCUCUCCCCCCUGCCCCCUCUCGCCCCCGUCCGUCUUCUCUUCUUCUCCUCCACUUCCCUCCCCGCUUCCGCCCUCCGCCCUUCCCGCCCUCCUCCCGCCGCGUUUCCGCCCUCCGCCCCUCUCCACCGCCUUUCUCCCCUCUCCUCCGCACUUCCGUUCCCUCACCCGUGUGCACCGAUCCUUCUACUUCUCCCUUCCCGCCCUCCUCUGCCCUACGCUGUUUUCCCCCUCCGCUUUUCCCCUCCGCUCUUCUUCCUCCGCUUUUCCCCCUUCGCUUUUCCCCCUCCAUUUUUCCCCUCCGCUUUUCCCCCUCCGCUUUUCCCCCUCCGCUCUUCCCCCUCCGCUCUUCCCCCUCCGCUCUUCCCCCUCCGCUUUUCCCCUCCCUGCCUCUCUUUUCUCCCUCUCGCCGUAUUCCCUCGCCCCCCUUAUCCAGUCCAGCCAGACACGUCCACGUGGCACUUCGCAGCGCCAAUGGCCGCCGUCCACGUCAGCAUGAGCGGGCGCUCCGUGCUUGCCACGUCAGCCAGCUUGAGGCAACCCCUGUCCACACACAAGGACAAGGAUGCCUCCUUCGCACGCCUCUCUGCCGCGCACUCGCGUUCAGUGUCCCUCUCCCCACUCCUCCGCACCAGCUCACCCACCCUCUCUGCUGCCGCCGCCGCUGCAUCAUCAGCUGCACCUGUCGUGCUCGUACUAGCAGCAAAAGGCGGGCCGAAAAAGAACUUCAAGAAGACCAAGAAGCCCGCUGCUGAUCCUGCUUCUGCUGCCGAAGAGGCUGCUGCUGAUGCUGCUGGUACUGAGGAAAAACCAGCAAAGGCCCCUAAGGCUGCCAAGGCUGCUAAAGCUGGCAGCAGCAGCAGCAGCAUGAAGGGGCGGCCGGCAGUGGAUUUCACAACUGAAGCCAUGACAGACAGCAGCAUCACGGUGCGGGUCGACGUGGCAGGCAGUGAGACUGCCAUGCUCUUUGACGGCACGCUACGCUCACUAGCCAAGGAGUGCCCGCCACUGCCCGGGGCCAGGCUCGGCAAGGGAGGCAAGCAAGCAGGGGUUGACAAGGCAGUGGUGCUGCGGUUCCUGGGUCGCUCACGGGUGAUAGGGUUCAUAAUCACAGAGCUCAUCAACAAGUCAUUGCUGGCUUACCUGGACCAGAAAGGUGUGGCGUCAGCAGGCGACGCCAAGACCACCCAGUCGUCAGACGAGCUUCAGGCAGCAUAUGAGCCGGGGAAGCCCUUCACCUUCACUGCAGAGGUACCCUAUGUGAAGAAAGAAGACGAGGGGGCUGUUGGGGAGGGGGAAGAAGCAGCAGCAGCAGCAGGAGAAGGGGAAGGGACUGAGGGGUCUACGAAAGUUGAGGGUGCCUAG